AUGUGUCUUUCUCCAACAUGUGUCAUCCAAAUGCAGGUUUUUUCAUAGUUCUUCUCUCUAACCCCUGUUAACUCCAUUUUCAAGUUCAACAACGGACCAAACAUGCUGAAUCCGAGGUAUGCCACCCUUUUCAACUUACCCCUUUUUCUUGCAUCAUCAUCAUCGUCAUCAUCAUUGUCCACCACCUUCCUCGUUUUUUUCCCCUCUACGAGGUUUUAUGGUCGUGGCAAUCGCAAAAAAUUUCAGAACUGCAAAAAAGCUGAGAACUUUUCUACCGUUGAUGAUGCCGUGGCUUCCUUCAAUCUCCUCCUUCAUGCACUUCCACCGCCACCCAUUGUGGAGAUGAAUAAGGUUUUGGGAGCAAUUGUGAGGAUGAGACAGUAUCGCACUGUUGUUUCUCUUUGUGCUAGGUUGGAACUCAAGGGAACCCUUAACCCAUCUCUUGUCACUAUGAGCAUCUUGAUCAACUGUUUCUCCCAUUUGGGUCAAAUAGGGUUUGCUUUUUCAGUAAUGGGUUGUAUUCUCAAGAGGGGUUUUGAGUUGGAUAGGCUAACACUUACCACACUCAUGAAAGGGUUGUGCUUGAAAGGUUUGACUAGAAAAGCUCUUGACUUGCAUGAUGAUUCUGUGUCCAAAGGUUUCAGGUUUGAUGAGGUUUGUUAUGGGACAUUGAUCAAUGGUUUGUGUAAAACUAGUCAAACAAGAGCUGCCAUUGAGUUGUUGAGAAAGAUGGAGAGGCUAGGACUUGGUCCUAAUUUAGUCAUGUACAAUACAGUUGUUGAUGGUUUGUGCAAAGAUGGACUUGUAACUGAUGCUUGUGGAUUGUGUUCUGAAAUGGUUGCCAGGGGAAUUUCUCCUGAUGUUUUCACUUACAAUUCUCUAAUUCAUGGUUUCUGUGGUGCUGGUCGGUUUCAAGGAGCGGUUAAGUUGCUGAAUGAAAUGAUACAAGGAAAGAUUCAGCCAGAUGUUUAUACCUUUAAUAUAUUGGUUGAUGCAUUGUGUAAACUAGGGAUGGUCAAUGAAGCUCACAAUGUGUUUGCUAUGAUGAUUAAAAGAGGUUGGAAGCCUGAUGUUGUUAGUUACAACGCUUUGAUAAAUGGUUAUUGUUUAAGAAAUAGUGUCAAUGAGGCUAAAGAAGUAUUCAAUAAGAUGGCUGAAAGAGGUCACUCGCCUAAUGUUAUCAGUUAUAGUACCUUGAUUAAUGGAUAUUGCAAGAUCAAAAUGGUGGAUGAAGCCUUGAUGCUUUUAACAGAAAUGCAUCAGAAAAAAUUGGUUCCUGAUACUGUAACUUAUAAUUGUCUUCUUGAUGGUUUGUCCAAAUCGGGAAGAAUCAUGUAUGAGUUGGACCUAGUUGAGGCAAUGCGUGCUAGUGGUCAAGCCCCUGAUUUAAUCACUUACAAUAUAUUGUUAGAUGAUUAUCUCAAACAUGGGUACCUUGACAAGGCAAUUGCCUUAUUUCAGCACAUUAUUGACAUGGAAAUUUCUCCAAAUAUACGCACAUAUAAUAUACUUAUUGAUGGUCUUUGCAAAAGUGGAAGACUAAAGGCUGCACAAAAUAUCUUUCAACUUCUUUCUGUGAAAGGUCAUCCAAAUAUCCGAACAUAUAACAUUAUGAUCAAUGGGCUUUGUAAAGAGGGUCUGUUAGAUGAAGCAGAGGGCUUACUUCUGAAAAUGGUAGACAAUAAUUGCCCUCCUAAUGCUGUAACUUUUGAUCCCAUAGUUCGUGCUCUUCUAGCAAAAUAAUGAGCAUUGUUAGGGAAAAGAAACUUGUUCAUAUGACAAGAAAUAUACAAAGGUUGGGUACAACAGAAGGUUUGGUUCUGCUGGACUAAAAUCUUGGCUCACAAUGCUGUUAACCUCUGGCUCUUGUUCCAACAGCAAUUGGUAGGCGGAAUUUCUUCCUCCAGGGAAGUUAGAUUUUAUCAAUUAUAAUAAUUUGCUCACCUUUUCUUCCAUUCCAAACAAUCAGGUUGGUGGAUCUCUAAAUAUAUCCUUGACAGCUUAAAUUAGGUAUAUAGUACCCCUUAAAUCUAAAUCAUUUGUUGUUUUGCCUAUUUUUUCAUUAUUUUGAUUUUUUUUUCAUAUCUAUUAUUCAAUUUGAUCUAAAGACCUAAUUUAUUUUUUGUUGGGGCAUUCUGUUAGGCAUGAGCCUCAGCAACAGAAUAUGGUUUGGAAGGUGUAUUCACGGUGGAAUAAAGUGCACUACCUAUUGCCUCAAAUCCAAUGUUUCAUGAGAGGACUAAAAGCAUUGAAAUAAAUUGUCAUUUCAUUAGAGAGAAGAUCUUAUCUGGAGACAUCUAUCACUCACUUAGUUAAUUCAAAUAAACAUCUUACUGAUAUUUUCACCAAGUCCUUGAGAAGUCCCUGGAUAAGUUAUAUAUGUAAC